AUGGAGUCGCGCGUCAAGCCAGCGAAGCAAAUAAACCAAGCGUCAAACGGAAAGGCUGAGCGCAUGCAUAGGACUUCACUUAUCAUGGCGCGAAAGAUCCGCGCAAGGACUCACUCAAGCAGCGAUCUGCGGUCGGGGUCAUCAUCAUCGGGAUCAGUACGAAACAAAAGGGUUUGUAAUUUCCUGCAGAAACAAAACAACGCUGAUAUAACACAACAUGUAUCGGAUGUCAAGACAAUGACUGAAGAUCAGAAAAUUCAACUGCAGAAAAGUUUGGCAAUUGAAGACCAAGCGGCGCCCUCAGCGACGUCAAGUGAAAUUCUUGCAACGACAAUCGUUGAAGAUAAGAGACAGGCGAAAGAACGUGGACGAGAGAUUCUUAUUGCACGCUUUCAAGGUAAAGACGCGCAGAAGAAUGCCAAGUAUGCAAGUUGGAAGGACGCGAUGUGUGAAGAAUUGAAGGCGCUCGAGGCUAACAGCGUAUGGGAGCUGAUCAAGCGUCCAGAAAAAGUCAAUGCUCUACACACAAAGUGGGCCUUCAGGACCACGACGGACGCGAACAGCGACAUGGUUCAAGGCGCGACUGGUCGCGUGUGGAAACGAGCAGGUAUUGGGUCUGACUUUUGCAGCUCUUACGGACAUGUCGACGGUGAAGGUGAUACUGGUACUAACUGUGACAUGGAAAGUAACUACAAAGCACGGGGAUACUCCGAACGCCUAUGUCAAGGCAAAGAAGAGCACCUGGAUUUCUACCUACAAGUGCCGCAAGGCAUGGCUGUCAGCGACAAGAUGCUCAAGGAACAUGAUGCUAGAGGCAAAAGUGAUUUGGUGUACGGCUACGCAAGAGCUUAUACGGAUUGA